CAAAUUGCACACAUCAAUAACACCAAUCACAAUGGUCAGUGCGUAGAUGAUUAGCCGUACCUAUCACUUUCUACCUCAAGAGGCGCUCAUUUGAACAGCAAGCCGUUCUUAACUUAUGCAUUCAUCCACCAAUAUCAUAUCGUUGGCCAAUAAUCGCUACCGUGCCAUUGAUCAUGGUGGACUCCAAGGAUGUGUCCACUAAGUGGGCAGUGCUGCUAGGAAUUAAUGCGUAUCCGGUGCAUCCUCUGGGAGGGUGCGUUCGCGAUGUCUCGAGGAUCCACAACUAUCUCACCUCAGCGUCAACUCGUGUGAACGUGACGGCCUUGACCGCGAGUCCGGCUGAUGACUCACUGUCUAGUGCCAUCAUCGAAAGCCCAAGCUCAAGACCGACUUACAACAACGUUGUCUCCAAACUCGACGAGAUCGCCGAUAAGGCAACAUCUGGUGACCAUGUGCACAUUCAUUUCUCCGGUCAUGGCACCCGCAACAAGCUCACAGGCGACUUCAACUUGGUCUUACUCGAUGAUGACCAAGACAUACGUUAUCUCGGAGGUCAUCAUCUGGCUGGGCUACUGAGUAAACUAGUAGAUAAAGGACUUCAUGUUACGCUUGUGCUAGAUUGCUGCUUCUCUGGUGGGAUCUUGCGACAAAAUGACAUACACGAUCCUUCUGUUCGGACUAUCGAAUACGACCCAGGCGUUGACACCCGACAUCCACCAGCGCAACUUGAAGCUGGUCGCCGGACUAAGUCAACGCUCCGCGACGUCACUAUUCUUCCAAGGUGGCUGAUAGACCCCAGAUGUUAUACAGUUCUCACUGCCUGUGGCCCUCAUGAGAAAGCACAAGAGCACACGGCUGAGGACGGAGAGAAGUGUGGGGUGUGAUCACACUUUCUGGUCCAAGCACUCAUUGCGCUCAGAAAGCGGGAUGUUGAGAUCACCAAAGAGUCCCUUUAUAGAUAUAUCUCGCUCCAAGUUAGCUCGUAUUGGCGCCUGCAAAACCCAAUCUGUUACGGGGAUCCCAAUUUCCAGUAUUUUGGCAAUUUCAAAUCUGAGCCCGACUCAGGCUACGUUCAAGUCUCGUCUGAGAGCGGCUCCCACUUGCGUCUCCAAGCAGGGCUGGCACAC